AGGCAUGUUCGUCAUGGCGCAAAUAACAGAGGCGCUUCUCUCCAAAUACGGACUACGAAAUGCUCUCAGAGGAUGGGCCUUGCUGUUCUUUCUAACCGCCUUCUUAGCAUGCAGUUACGACUCCCGUGAUCAUUUUGAAAACGAGUAUGACAAAGUGUUAACAAUGGAAGAGAAUAAAAAGCAACCUCCUUCAGUCGUUCCUUCGUCCGUGCUACGGAAUAGUUCAUUUAUGAUCUACCUCGCUUCACUUAGUCUCGUGUUCUUUGCAGUGCUAACUCCGUCAAUUUAUAUGGUGAAAUUUUGUGAAAGUGAACUCGGUAUUCCUUCUGACCGCGCGAGUCUUCAUUACACCUCCAUGGCGAUUGCCGCAUUCUUCAGCAACCACAUAUUCUGCAAACUAAGCGAACUAAAGUGCAAAUUUGUCAACAUCUUCGACCUCCACCAAUUAGCGACGACUUGUUUUGGUAUCGGCUUGUUGUUGUUGCCCUUCAUAAGGUCGUUCACAGCUAUGAUAGCGCUUUCUGUACUAUUUGGCCUCAUGGACGGUGGGCGGUACGGCUUGAUGCCACUAGUCGUGUUAGAAUGUGUUGGUCAGAAGAGGACAGACCAGGCGUGGGGUCACCUUAGCUUCAGUGUUGGUCUGGCGUCGUGCGUUGGACCCACGUUGAUUGGUAGGUAACGUUUAAUAAUAGGCCUUAAACGCACUCUCGGUAUUGGACUGGAAAUAGCUUGCAAUUGAGGCUCAUGCGAGUUAAUAACAUAUCAAUUGCAUUUGAAAAGACUCCCCACAUUAGCCUCAAUGCUAGCUAAUUCCACUCCAAUACCGACCAUACCGAGAAUAUGAACAUGACCUAUCCAGUCAGCUAUGCUAGUCACAUCCAAAUCUNCUU